AUUUCUGUUUUAGUACUUGUACAGUAGUAUAAGAUUUAAAAUUUAUUAUUGAAUUUGAUACUUCAAAAUUUUUGUGAACUUUUAAGUGGAUUAAUGUCAAAAUUUAUUGUGAAUUUUCAUUUAUUUUGUGUUUAUAGACUCGAUUACAAUUAUAUGUUUGUCAACUAGUAACAAAAACUCAAUUAAUAUAUCAAAAACAUAAAAUAAGAGGAAAAAAGUUGAUUUAAUUUUUAAUCUUUGAUCAUUUGUACAAAUUAAUGUUUGUUAUAUGCAAUUUAUGGAGUUUUAUUAAUCCUGUAGUUUCCAGACGGAGGCGUCACCCCUUCACCACUUUGAUUCGUCGCCGUUCAGUUUCACCAUAUUCCCCUCCGCUGCCCAAAUCCGCCGCCUCGCCACACGCAUAAAUACUCUAAUCGCAGAUUCAUUUUCUACUCGCGAAGCGCUACUACUACUGUACCGGCGAUUAGAAGAAAAUGCCGUCUCUGCAAACAGCAUUGCCUCCUGAGCUCGCCAACAAUUCCAUCAGGCUUUAUCGUGAAUGCCUAAGGCGAGCAAAAUAUAUUGGGCAAAAGAAAUUCAACACUGAACUUCUAAUUACUAUGGUGAGAGAGCAGUUCAAGAAGAACAUGCAUGAAACAGAUCCAGAUAAGAUUCAAAAGAUGAAGGAUGAUGCUGCAAGAGGACUGAUCAACCAUAUGCUAUACGAGUCUGAAAACUUGUCCGGGCGAAAAUUCAGCAAAAGCACUGAUCAAAGCUGAAUCUCAGGUGUGCUAUGCUCUUAAGUAUGGUGGCUGCCUUUUGGGAUCUGCUCACAUGUUUCAUUUAUUUUCUUUAGCGAGAAAAGGAUUACAUUUUGAGAUGUGGGAAAGGUUUUCAUUUACUUGUUAUUGCCUACUAUAAGAGGUGAAUUUGAUGCUACCUUUGUCAUAGCGUCAUAUUGUAGAAUAACGUAGGCUGAAUCAUAACUCUUGUAUAACACGUUUAAAGACGAUAUCAUACCGAGCCUAUUUGUUA